AGUGAUGACAUUGGGAUCUACAUUUACUACUCUUGAUUCGAGGGAUAACAUACUACACAAAUGGAGUCACCGGAACCCUCCCCCUUCCGCCUCUUCACAAAGGACUCACUCUUCAACAUUGAACGGAGGAUCGCAGAGGACAAUGCGAGGAAGGAAGAAAAGAAAAUACGGCAAAAGGAACAUCCGGAUGACCUGGAAUCCUCGAAGCCUGAGAACGAGCCUCAGCCAAAUCCCAAACUUGAGGCUGGGGCCAAACUUCCUCUGCAGUUGCAGGAUUUCCCUCCAGAAUUAGUAGGCAAGCCAGUUGAGGAGCUUGAUGAAUAUUAUGAUGAUAAAAGAACAUUUGUCGUGAUAGGGAAGGAUAAGACGCUAUUCCGAUUCAGUGCUACUGAUGCCUUGUUUGUGCUGACGCCCUGGAACCCAGCGAGGAGGGUCGCCAUGCACGUUCUCUGCCAUCCAAUGUUCAGUAUGAUAAUCAUGCUAACUAUUCUGUCCAACUGUAUAUUUAUGUCUCUCACUGACCCGAUAGAGGAGUCUGAGCCUGUAUUUACUGCUAUAUACACAUUUGAAGCGGCCGUGAAGAUCCUUUCUCGCGGUUAUGUACUAGCCCAAUUUACAUAUCUCAGAGAUGCUUGGAACUGGUUAGAUUUCAUAGUCAUUGUUUUAGCUUAUGUUACAAUGUUUGUGGACCUAGGGAACUUAUCUGCACUCAGAACUUUCCGGGUCCUUCGAGCUUUGAAAACUGUUGCUGUUGUACCUGGAUUGAAAACCAUUGUUGGUGCCUUAAUGGAAGCUGUAAGACGUUUAAGGGAUGUGAUGAUUCUUACAAUCUUCGUGCUUAGUAUAUUUGCUUUGGUGGGGCUACAGAUCUACAUGGGAACCCUCAAGACCAAAUGUGUAUUAGAACCACCAGAAGGUUGGCCAUGGGAGGCUCCUUACAAUAUGUCAGAAUCUGUCUUGAAAAACUGGACAGAGGAUCCAACCCACUGGUAUGAACACCCUGUCACUCAGAUGCCAAAUGUAUGUAGAAAUUACAGUCAAGAUGAAAAUGGAACAAUAACUGAUGAUCCUGCUGGUAGUUUUAUUGCUCCAUUUUCAGCCCAUUGGGUUAUGAAUGAAGCGAUGGGAGACACACCUUUAGUUUGUGGUAACAAUACUGACGCAGGGAGUUGUCCAAAGAAUUACACAUGUUUACCAAAUAUUGGGGAAAAUCCUAACUAUGGUUACACAUCCUUCGACAACUUUGCCUGGGCUCUUUUAUGCUCGUUUAGGCUGAUGACACAAGACUAUUGGGAAAACCUAUAUCAAUUGGUGAUUCGAGCCAAUGGACCAUUUCAUAUGCUAUUCUUCAUCCUCGUGAUAUUUAUGGGCUCGUUUUACCUAGUAAACUUGAUAUUGGCCAUCGUGGCAAUGUCGUAUGAUGAACAACAAAAGGCUGACCAAGACGAAGCCGAUGAGAAUGAAAGGGCGGAGACUCUACAAAAGGCUAAUUUGGAAGCUAAAGCCAUGACUGUCUCUGAUAUGAAGAAAAGCAUCUCGUCUGAUAUUGACCAACUAGACUACUAUGACAAAAGUAGCAGAAUAGAUGCUGAGAGGCUUAGCAUAAAAUCAGAUACCUGUGCGGGAAUAGAUACGAAAAAGAAACUUACCGUAGUUCGACACAAUAGGAAGACAAGUUUGAGCUUGCCUCCAUCACCAUUUACUCAUAGAAGAACAGGGAGUGGUUUCAAUUGGCGGAAAGCUCGUCACCCUGGAGACCGUCAGCCACUUGUGCUGCCAUAUUUGGACAAAGUGAAUUUGCAGUUACCAUUUGCUGAUGACUCUGCAGCAGUAACUCCAACAUCUGAUGAUCUUAAUCUAUGCAACCCUAUUGGGAAACGGGAGCGAAGAGCUAGUUCCUCAUCAAAUAACAGUCACCGAUCAGGAUCUUUUAUUGAGCGACGACCUAGUCAAAAAAAAUCUGGAUCACUUCUCGAGCAAUGGACUAAUAGGCGACCGGGCUCAUUCACAGACAGACAGUCAGUCAGACGCGCUAGUAUUACAUCCUUCCAGAGAUUUAGGGAAAGAAAUGCAAGUAAAAAGAGUUCGGGGUCCAGGUCUAGUACUAAGAAGAAUAGCAAUGGGCACCCUCUUCUACCUGCAGUAAUUGUAGAUAGAACAAAGUCAGAUGAUAUUGGGUCUUCCAUAAGCAGUUUAGACGAGGAUGAAAAAUACGCAAAUAAUCCAUUUCUAAGAAGCACUCCUACUGGAUCGUACCUUGACAUGAAAGAUGUGAUGGUAUUCAAGGACUUGUACAACGAAGUAGCGUCAACAGGAAAACGAAAAAGCUGUAUGAGCGAAUACGAAGGGAUGACCAGGAAGGAGUACAUCAAAGCUCAGUUGCUUGAGAUAUUCUGUGGUUGGACGUGCUGCCCAUGUUACAUCAAGUUUCAAGAAAUCGUCAAGCUUUUCAUCAUGGAUGCCUUUGUGGAUCUGUUCAUUACACUCUGUAUCCUGGUAAACACUGCAUUUAUGUCACUGGACCACUAUGGCAUGACAGCUGAGUUUAAGGAAGUUUUAAAAAUGGGAAAUUUGGUUUUCACUGGGAUAUUUACUGCCGAAGCAGUUCUCAAACUAAUUGCUCUGACUCCAAUGGUAUACUUCAAAAAUGGUUGGAACUGCUUUGAUUCAUUUAUUGUAGCACUAAGUCUGAUAGAGUUGCCUCUAGAGGGUGUCAGUGGCCUCUCAGUUUUACGGUCAUUCAGAUUGCUUCGUGUAUUCAAACUGGCAAAAUCUUGGCCUACUCUCAACCUGCUGAUUAGCAUUAUUGGACGAACCCUAGGUGCUCUGGGGAAUUUAACAUUUGUACUUGGAAUUAUCAUAUUUAUAUUCGCUGUAAUGGGGAUGCAACUGUAUGGAAGUGGAUAUAAAGAAAAAGCCUGCGAUUUUAAAGAGUAUGACGAUAAAGGAAACUGUUUAAUCCCUCGUUGGAACUUUACAGACUUUUUUCAUUCGUUCAUGAUAGUGUUCCGAGUGCUAUGUGGGGAAUACAUAGAGUCAAUGUGGGGAUGUAUGCAUGUUAAUGACUGGACGUGUAUCCCAUUCUUCCUAUUGACUAUGGUUGUUGGAAAUUUAGUGGUCCUCAAUCUUUUCCUUGCUUUGCUGUUGUCAUCGUUUGGUACAGAUAACCUACAACGAUCGGAUGACGAUAAAGAAAAUAAACUCCAAGAGGCCACUGAAAGAAUCAACAGAUUCUUUACAUAUUGUAAAUCACAGAUCAUGUAUUUCAUCAAAGUGAAAAUAAAACGGAAGCCAAUGACGGUUCCCGUUAGUGCUAGUAGCAGUCCAACACCCUCAAAGACAGAUUUGACUGAAUUCAAUGAAAAAAUGGGAUUUACUGAUGGACAAGUUCAACCAAUUAGAAAUGGGAAAUUAUGUGAAAAUAGGACAAAUGGAGGCAAUCCUAAUAACAUAGACGCGCUAAAGAGGAAAGAAAUUGAGGCAAAUAAGGAGGCUGCAUACCAUUAUAAUUCAAUGACUAAGGAGCCUGAGACAUUGAUGUCAUUACUAGAGGCGACUCACAGUAAUUCUUCAUCAUCAUCUUCUUUAAUCUCCUUGGACUUAAAGGAGGAUGCACCUACAAGACCAAUCAGUCGGACAUCCAUCCAUAAAUCGCAAUCGGAAGGGACCAUAUCUAAACACAGCCUCACUUCUACUUCGAAGAAACGGGUGCAUAUCCAUGACCACGCUGUCCCAAGCACGUCAACAGUGUCUCCUGUGGACGAAAAGGGGAGUCUGUACCUUGCGUUGGAUGACACUGCCUCACUCAAUUCCAUAGACAAUCCACCUGCAAUGUCACCUGAGAUUAACGAGGUCGAAUUAGUGUACCUAGAUCAACCUGAAGACUGUUUUCCGCACAUUUGUUCCAAUAAAUGUCCAUGGUGCGACGCUUGCAUGGGGACCAGGAUCGGCAAGAAGUUUUGGUUAUUUAGAACUUAUAUGUUCAAGCUCGUAGAACAUAACUAUUUUGAGACCUUCAUUAUUGGGAUGAUCAUGGUCAGCAGCAUGGCAUUGGCUUUAGAGGACAUUCAUUUCUAUGACAGACCGUGGCUUGUUAUGACGCUCUACGUUUUGGACAAAAUCUUCACGGUUGUUUUUGUGGCUGAAAUGCUGAUUAAAUGGUCAGCCUAUGGUUUCAAAAAGUACUUUACGGAUGCUUGGUGCUGGUUAGACUUUACAAUUGUGUCUAUUUCACUUGUGAGUCUCGCAGCAGAAGGUUUGGGGUUAAACAAUAUAGGGGCCUUCCGAGCGCUGAGAACAUUACGUGCGCUUCGGCCUUUGAGAGCUGUAUCACGAUGGGAAGGAAUGAAGGUGGUCGUGAAUGCCCUAAUCGGUGCCAUACCCGCUAUAGUCAACGUACUAUUAGUAUGUUUGAUUUUCUGGCUGAUAUUUGGCAUAAUGGGAGUCCAGCUAUUCCUUGGUUGCUUUGGUAAAUGUAAAGAUAUUGAUGGACGUACGCUUAAUCGGACUAUAGUAAAAACCAAAGAAGAAUGUGAAAACAUGACAGCAACUCAUAACUACACGUGGGAGCACUCUAGAGUAAACUUUAACCAUGUCGGAAAUGCUUAUGUGGCCCUCUUGCAAGUUCACUCUAGAGUAAACUUUAACCAUGUCGGCAAUGCUUAUGUGGCCCUCUUGCAAGUUGCAACAUUUAAAGGAUGGGGGCAGAUACUGGCUGAUGCGACAGACUGCAUGGGAGAAGAUUUGCAACCGGAUAGAGAGGCGGGCUUGAUCUACUACAUCUAUUUUGUGCUCUUCAUCAUAUUUGGCUCAUUCUUCACUCUGAAUCUGUUCAUUGGUGUUAUCAUUGAAAACUUCAAUAUGCAAAAGAAAAAGUCAGGAGGCUCCUUAGAGAUGUUUAUGACCGAGGACCAGAAGAAAUAUUACAAUGCCAUGAAGAAACUAGGAUCGAAGGCACCACAGAAGCCUGUACCAAGACCAAAGUUCAAAUUCCAAGCACUCAUUUUCGACAUUAGUACCAAUCAGAAGUUUGAUAUCUUUAUCAUGGCCAUUAUUCUGCUAAACAUGACAACAAUGUCUGUCGAACAUUUCAACCAGUCGAAAGACCUCACCAUGGUGCUUGAUUACAUCAACAAAGUCUUCAUUGCCAUAUUCACAUUAGAGUGCGUUAUGAAACUAUUCGCACUGAGACAGUACUACUUCAAACAACCAUGGAACGUUUUCGAUUUUAUUGUUGUAGUCUUCUCUGUUGUAGCUUUGUUCAUGUCUGAUAUUUUUGCAAAGAUGUCUUUCUCGCCAACGUUACUACGUGUCGUUCGAGUGUUCAGAGUGGGCCGUGUCCUGCGUCUCGUGAAAGGUGCUAAGGGAAUACGGACACUUCUCUUUUCGAUGGCCGUAUCCAUGCCAGCUCUAUUUAACAUUGGACUUCUGCUGUUCUUGAUUAUGUUCAUUUUUGCCAUUUUCGGCAUGAACUUCUUUAUGCGGGUGAAGCACACCGCAGGUAUAGAUGACAUGUUCAACUUUGAGACAUUUGGCCGAAGUAUGAUCAUCCUCUUUCAAAUUGCAACAUCUGCUGGGUGGGAUGGAGUAUUCGAUGCACUCAUGAAUGAUGAGCUGGGUGUUAAUUGUGAGAAUAUCACGAUCCAUGCUGUUGGACAGAAAGACAUAGAGGCAAAUAACUGUGGCAAUUCAACACUUGCAGGUGCAUAUCUCAUAACGUACCUUGUAAUUAGCUUCCUUGUCGUAAUCAACAUGUACAUUGCUGUUAUCUUGGAAAACUUUAGUCAAGCCACAGAGGAUGUUCAAAAAGGCUUGACACAGGAGGACUUUGAUGUAUAUUAUGAAAUAUGGGAGAAAUUUGACCCGGAGGCUACUGAGUACAUUCCGCUUGAGAAAAUGAGUGAACUUUGUGAUAAUCUGGAGGAACCUCUGUAUCUCCCCAUACCAAACUACUAUAAGCUUAUAUCUUUCGACAUAACAAUUUGUCGAGAUGACAAGGUACAUUGUGUCGACAUUCUAGACGCAUUGACAAAGAACUUUUUAGGUACAACCGACGCGGGAGAUGUGGAGGAUACUAUAGUGAAAAAGCGUAAAAAUUAUGAGCCGGUGAGUUCAACGUUACAUCGUCAACGAGAAAUAGUGUGUGCAAAAAUUAUUCAAAAAGCCUAUAGGAAAUACAGACAGGAUCAUCCUUUUAAUGAAAAAGUUUUAGAAGAACGUAAACUGAAGCGCGAGUGUGAUAAAGCAAAGGAUAGUACUAUUAUUGAAAUCGAACGCGAGGACGUACCAAAGGGCACCGAUACUCACAUAUUAACAGCUGAGACUGAUGAUGGUGAUGGUGAUCGAACGGUUACUUUAGAUCCUGAGAGUGGUAUUGUAGCAUGACAUCAUGCCACGUCCUAAGCUGCUCAGUCAUCACCAUCGUCAUCUCAAUACAUAUAUAUUCAUAUUGCAGUGCUAGUCGUACAUUUAAACGUCGAUGUGUGACGGAGUGCCAGAUACGUUCUACUUUUGAGAGGGAAUACUAGUGAUUUAAGGUAAACUCCUGAAGGGUGGUAUAGUGUAUUAGUCAGCGUCACCAAUUGACCUACAACUCUGUACUAAUGGAGACGUUGUGUAUCUGUUUUUUUAUUGUUCGUUAACGGAUUAGACGUGUACGUAACGGCAAUGGUACACUUGAUGAAAACAAACUAAUGCAUGAAGUAGUUACGUUAAUGUUUUAUAGUUCACUUGAUCUGAAUCCCGGAAAUUCAAUAAUAAAAUAUAUAAGAAGCGUGUUUUCUUGCUUCAUUUUUGUAUAUAAACAUAACAUGGCUCGUUUGAUUUUUCGUUUAUUAUUGAAAUUCCUGGCCUCGGGUGAAGAUAAUGCAAAAAGAGACUGCUACUCCUUAUUGGUCGAAGUACAAACAGUUAGGUUGUACUUGCGUUCGAUCAACAACAGGUAAUGUUAUUUAUUCAAAUGCCUUUAAAUAUACAUGUUUAAGUAGAUAGGUUUUAAUUUUAUCACUUGUAGUUAAUGUAAUAUUGAUAUAUGAAGAGUUUUGGGAAUAGCAAGGCCCAUUGCGGCCAAUGGUCGUAAUGAUUCAGAGAUAUGCAAGGAGGAUUUGCUCCCAGGGUUCCAUCUCGAUAUUCUGCCAUAUUUGGAGUCAUGCCGUG